GGUCACAUAGACGCUAUAUAUGUAUGCCCCAAUCUCUCGGAUCAAUCCAUCCAUUCAUAAAGUUUCUAGCUAGCUUAGCUGCAGCACGCUAGCUUGCUCUUCCAAGAAGCUCGGCGAUCUCCUCUGCUUACCACCCCUUCCAGCAGCUAAUAGCUACCCUGACUGGCUACUUGUGCCAUGGCAACAAGAUUUAUCGCCGUUGCGGCCGUGAUGGCAGCGGCCCUCGUCGGCAUGGCGUCGGCGGCGGUCUACAACGUCGGCGAGCCGGCCGGGUCCUGGGACCUGCGGACCAACUACGGCGACUGGACCGCCUCCAAGCGGUUCCACCCGGGCGACCAGAUCGUCUUCAGGUACUCCCCGCAGGCGCACGACGUGGUGGAGGUGAGCAAAGCGGACUACGACUCCUGCUCCACCGCCAGGCCCAUCGCCACCCACACCUCCGGCAACGACGCCAUCGCCCUGACCUCCACCGGCACGCGCUACUUCAUCUGCGGCUUCACCGGCCACUGCGACGGGGGCAUGAAGCUCCAGGUCGAGGUGGUGCCCGGCGCCACCACCUCCGUCGCCCCGGCUGGCGCUCCGGGUGCCAACGCUCCGGUCUCGCCCCAGACCCCAUCCACGCCCGAUUCCGCCGCUACCAAGGCCACCGCCACCGGCUUCGCUCUCGCCGGGGUCUUGCUCGCUGCCGGCCUCAUGGCCUAAUUAAGUAGUUGCUACUUACUGUUGCGUGUUGUAUUUGUAAAUGCGCAUGAAUUUGCUUAUUAAUUAUCAUUGAUUGUUGUAUUCUUUUGGAGAGAUGUCGUACGAUGCAUGUAUGUACGCGUAUAAAGAUAUGAGACACUACCGGCAUAUACAUAGUUA